AAAAACGCCUCUCAGACGUUCUUCCGUUUACGUGUUUAAUAAAGAAAAACAAUUGGUAGAUACACGGAUUCUUUUGGUUUGAAUUCGUUGCUGACAGAUACAAAUAAUUUAAGAAAAAGGUGACCGUAGCAGUCACGUGAUCUUACGACCCGGAAGAGAAACAUUGUUCCUGCUAUUCCUUAAAAAAGUGAGUUAUCGUAUACUGUAGGAAAGAAAAGGAGAAAACGAACUAUUGUAUAGUGUUUUGAGAGUCUGGAGACCUUCGUUCAGGUAGGAACCUCCUGGGUUCCAGCAGCAGAGUCACAGGAAGCUGCGUCAUAUCAUGCUAACUGCUGAGAUGGAGAUUGGAGAGAAGAGAUGAGCCUAUGUGUUCUGGAUGAGGACAAGUUCCACCUGUGCUGUCAGCUCCUCCUGCAGCUGUCGGAGCAGUUGGGGGACGGCUGGAGCUGGGAGGGGGGGCAGGAGGGCUACCUGAGGAAGACUGCUCUCAGGUCAGUGGUAAUCGACUCCAGUUCAGUGUGGGACUACGAAGGAGGCGGGGCAGACACUUCCUGUCCCUCACGUUCUGAGCAGCAGGAAGGGGAACAGGAACAGGCUGCUGUUGAUGCCUCAGCUGAUACUGACAGCAUCAAAGGUGACAUGGAGGAUGAAGAUGACGAUGACGGCGUGUGUGUGGCGUCUGCAGGCAGCAGCCAGCUGCUUCAGUACGAGUAUAACAUCCUGCACUCCUGCAGCUACAGCACACCGGUGCUCUACUUCAGAGCCUGCACUCAGGAGGGGCGGAGCCUGUCGUUAGAGGAGGUGUGGAGCUCCGUCCAUCCAAACUACAGGCUGCGACUCCAGAACAGUCCUCUGAACACCAUCACUCUGCAGGUAGCACCAGAGGCCUGUACUACGAAGCCGGUUCAACAUAACCUGGAUAUGUUUGAGUUACCUGGUUUACCUAAUCCAAAACAAAC